ACCCGUUCAAAAGAGGUUGCCCGAUCAAUGGGAUGUAAGAUAAUUGAAGUGAAGCCUCUUAAAAAGGAUCAAGCAUUAAAAUUAUUCUUGAAUAAAGUUGGAGAUGACGUUUUUCCUACACCGACAUUAGAAUCAACUUUGAAGAUGAUUGUGGAUGAAUGUGCUGGUCUUCCACUUGCAAUAGUUACAGUAGCUGGUAGCAUGAAGGGAAUGUCUGACCCACAUUUGUGGAAGAAUGUGUUGAAUGAAUUGAGAGAACAAAAAAGAAUGGUGGCAGGUACAGAGGUUGAUGAAUUUCGCAUAUUAAAAUUCAGUUAUGACUAAUUAAAAGAUGAAAAAAUUCAACAUUGUUUUUUAUGUUGUGCAUUAUAUCCUGAAGACCAUGAAAUUCAAAAAGAUGAGAUAAUUGAAUAUUGGAUUGAGGAGGGACUUAUAGAUGAAAUGCAGACCAGACAAGCAAUGAAGUUUAAAGGCCAUG